AGGAAAAAAAUGUCGAGCGACAACAAGGGUUCACGCGGCGGGGUGCCACCUCGUUGGCUCAACUGCCCGCGCAAGGCGAUGAGGCUGAUCCAGGGCAAGUUUCUCGCCUUCAAGACGCCCCUGUCCUCGGCCUACGACGGCGAGGUGCCCGAGAGCUGUCGCUUCACCGUCGACAUGUUCUUCGCGAAUCUGAAGAGCCAGAAGCUGAAGAUGGGCCUGUGGAUAGACCUGACCAACACGUCGAGGUUCUACGACAAGGACUGUAUAGAGGAUUACGACUGUAGAUACGUGAAGCUGCAAUGCCGCGGCCACGGCGAGACCCCGUCCGAGGAGCAGAUCCGCGCCUUCGUGCAGCUCUGCAGCAACUUUAUCGCCCACAAUCCGCUGGAGAUCAUCGGCGUGCACUGCACGCACGGCUUCAACAGGACCGGCUUCCUCAUCAUCAGCUACCUGGUCGAGGUGGACGGUACCAGCGUCGACGCGGGCAUCGCGGAGUUCGCCACCGCGAGGCCACCUGGAAUUUACAAGGCCGAUUACAUAAAGGAACUGUACAAACGGUACGACGACGAGGCGGACGCCCCGCCGCCGCCCGCGAGACCGGCUUGGUGCCUCGAGUACGAUGAGUCCGGCGUCGCGGACACGGACGAGGGACCGAGCACGGAGAGCGACAACUGUCAGGAGGAGAAGGGCAAGAGGAAGAGGCGCGAGAACGUUUUUAACAAGAAUCCGGUGUUCAUGGCCGGCGUACCUGGCGUCACUCCUGUCCUGGAGAAAAAGAGGCUGUUUGGUAUCCAGAGGCGAGUCCAGGAGAUCUGCGGGUGGAAGGACUCGGGAUUCCCCGGCUCUCAGCCCGUAUCCAUGGAUUGUGACAAUAUAAUGCUGCUGCACACAAAGCCGUACAGGGUGUCCUGGAAAGCGGAUGGCACAAGGUACAUGAUGUUAGUACAAGGUGACGGGGAGGUGUUCUUUAUAGACAGGGAAAACAGCGUCUUCGAAGUGAGCGGUUUGACAUUUCCACAUUUGCGAGAGAACCGAUAUUUGAGAGACACUCUGAUGGACGGUGAAAUGGUGAUCGACAAAGAUAGGGACAAGAAUAUUCCUCGAUACUUGGUGUACGACGUUAUUAUGUACGACGGGCAGGACGUUAGUAAAUUACCGUUCGAUCCCGACCGUUAUUGCAUUAUCGAGAAGCAGAUAAUUGCCGGCAGGCUGAGAGCCAUGCAGGAGAGACGGCUGAUAAAGGAGCGAGAGCCGUUCUCGGUGCGACUCAAGUACUUCUGGGACGUGACGCAGAGCAAGAAUCUGCUGGGCGAGAAGUUCGCCAAGCAGCUCUCGCACGAGCCGGACGGCCUGAUAUUUCAGCCCGCCAAGGAGAAGUACUGCACGGGGAUAUCCACGGAGGUGCUGAAAUGGAAACCGUUGUCGCUGAACUCCGUGGACUUUAAGCUGAAGAUCGUCACGGAGUCGGGCGUGGGGAUUCUGCCGCGGAAGAUCGGUCAUCUUUACGUUGGCGGGCUGAAGACGCCGUACGGCAUGAUGAAGAUCACCAAGCCUAUAAGCGACCUGGACAACGCGAUUGUCGAGUGUAAAUUCGAGAACGGCCAGUGGGUCUUCAUGCGUCAGCGGAUAGACAAGUCGUUUCCCAAUUCCGUCACGACCGCCGAGUCUGUAUGCAAGAGCAUCAACAAGCCGGUUACGAAAGAGCGGCUUUUGGAUUAUAUCGAAAAGUACAGAUUCGCGCGUGACGACGCGGACCUUAUGCCACCACCAAAUAAGCACAAAAAACCUUAGAUAUGUUUUAUCAUGUUAUUAUUAUUAUUAAUCAUAAAUAUAUAACAAUUUUUACGUAUCAAUAAUUGUUCGACAAAUGAAGACUUAGAACGCGAUUUAUAUUUAUUUAAUUAGAAUGCGAGCAGUUUAAAGCUCAACGUUCAUUUAAUUUUAGGCAGCUAUAUGAUUAUAGCUACGAUCAAUUUUUUUCUUAAAGGAAUGUUAAAUGUAAUAUGAAAUUGUAAUUUUGCAGGGAAUGGAUUGAACAAGAGCAUGAUAUCUUGUCUACAGAAUAAAUUGUAAAGCAUGUAAAAGAACAGAAUUUUACGAGUUUACUUUAUGAAUUCGAGCGUCUAAUUUUGUGAUAAAUAUGUCGUUCUUAAUCAGGAUUGUUUUUCAUCGGGUUAUUUCAAUGUUCCAACAUACAUUUGUAUCAUAUUUUGAAUUGAGAUUAUUAAUUGUUGAAUAAAAAGACUUUGUAAUAACAA